ACCAAUCAGAACAACUUUUGUAGGCUCUCUGCAGUCGCCAACAUACCGAAGGAACCGCAUUAUUGUUGUGCUACACGUGUUUUUAGCUCAUAUGAGUAUACAUGUUUGUUUGUUUUACCUUAUAGUUCAGCGAUCGCGCGGUAAACAUCUACUGCAACGCAGAGGGACUUUUACUUUGUCGAGCAAGCGUUUGCGUAUGAAUCGUGCGCCAUAGAUCCUUUACUACUGCUGCUCUGCUAAGCGCCAAUGAAUCUUAACAGAAUGAGCAGUGGACCGAAUGAGGAGAACCUCAUGAUGAUGACGAAGGACGACCUCCAGCGCUGGAUCCAAGCAGAGGUGAACAAAAACCCUCAGCUGGUCCAGAGACACGAACAGCUGGCGCAGGUGGAGGAGUGGGUCAAGCAGAAGGAAAGUGAUGCCACCCACACCCGAAUACUGUACAACAGUGCCUGCGAAUCAGUCCUUGAGUGCGAGUCAGUGAUGAAAGGUCUUUAUGGGAUGCUGGGAUUGGACUACCGAGAUGUCGACUCGGAGGAAGAAGAAGGAGGGGUCAAAGAACCACAGGACGUCAUUCAGAUCCUAGACGAUGAGGCUGGGGAGGAAAAGAGUCGGCGUGAUGAUGAUGAUGAUAUUGUGUUCGUUGAUAUGGGUGCUACCAAAGAAACUUUGGAGCCCAUGCUCGAAAAGGUGACUGUAGCCAUUGAGAAGUCAUCCAGACUAGUUCAGGAUUUAGUCCAGAUGGUGACCAAAACAUCCUCCAUAAGAGCAGAUUCAUCAUCGGACAUCUCCAUCAGACCUUCAUCGAUCUCAACCCCAGAGAUGAGGCCUUCAAUCACACCUGCAUGUGAUUUCACAAAAAGCCUGGAACCAACUGACAGCUCCAUUGCAAUAGUAAAGACUGAAUCAUUGUCAAUGGCAACAACUCCUAAAAUGUACAGUACAGAACAUCCUGUUAGUACCCAUAAUUCGGAUUUCACUGCAAAAAUCAAGACCGAACCUCAAUCGACAGCAUUAACGCCUGAGAUACCCUCACUUCACAAUUGCAAAGAUCAAAAAACACUCUUCAGUCAUGACUGCUCAUCCUUAGCAUCAGUUAAGCGUGAACCUGAAAUGAUGUCCGUGACUCCUCCCAUCAUAAGUGCUGGUUAUGAUUCGGAUGCCGUAGCUGCCGUUAAAACUGAACCUCAACUCACACCGAUCAUUUCUAACAUUUCCUCACUUUCUAGCAAUUCCCACCCAUUUUCAGUUAAAACUGAACUUCAAUCGAAGCCAGUGUUUUUUGAAAUUCCUCCUCUUUCUAGCAAGUUGGAAAAAUUUGAAACGACUGUGGAUCACAAAUCGGAUUCCAUGGUUACACUUAAGACUGAACUACUAUUGACAACAUUAAAAACUGAACAACCCAAAACUAUUCCCGAUCCAAGCUUGGAUUUGCGUGCCAUUAAAACUGAACCUCAACUGGCAGCAAUAACUCCUGAACCGUCUUCAUCGCCAAGCGUUUCGAAACAACCUCAAAGUACUCCAAGUUGUAAUUCACCAUCAAAGACUACUGAGAUGUCCUCUGAACCGCCGUCUGAACCGUCAAACAACUCUGAACAAGACAACACUAUUUCCAGUAAUAAAUCGCCACCUACAAACAAAAAGGCAGUCAAAAGGAAGAAAUCGAAAUCCCCCGAGCCAUCACCGAGUACCAAGGCCAAGCUGAAAUCUUCUGCAACUGCGUCACCCGUCUCCCACACAUCCAGCUCACAAAAAGAAACGGCAAGGUCAGCUUCACAUGCAGAGAGUAGUGAUGACACAGAGCUUUAUGACACAGAGGAGCUUGACAGCCAUACACAAAGUGAUGAAACCCCUAACCCACCCUCAGAGUCAUCAAGUAAUACAGCUGCUAAAAAUACCACCAGCAAUCAAGUAACCAGCCCACCUCCAGUUAUCAAAAAACCUGCUGCUUCUGCGAAACCUUCAGAAGCUAAACGAGCUUCCAGUGCACCAUCCAGCAAGUCCUCGGAGCCAACUAAAACGCAUGCAGAGAUAAAAUUAAAGGUCGACAUGGUUGCAUUGGGGAAGGGGAAGAAAAAUGCAUGGUAUCGAGGAACAGUGGUAGAAACUCAAACACCAGAAAAUGACAACAAGUACAAGUUGGAGUUUAAGAAGGGUAAAAUAUACAAGAUUCCUCCUCAUCACCUGGCCUGUAUGAACCCACCCCUGCUUAAGGAUCUGUUCAUUGGCUGUCGGGUUGUGGUCAGCUAUAAAGAUGCUGAAGAAAAGACGUGUUUCGGUGCCGCCGUGCUUGCUGAACUUCCAGAUCGCAAGAAUCGCAUGAGGUUUCUGGUGUUUUAUGAUGAUGGACGGGUAGCUUAUGUGGCACUACCAGACCUUCAUCUCGUCUGCAAACAAUUGAAAAAGGUUUGGAGGGACAUAGACGAUGAGACCUGCCGGUCGCAGGUGAAGGAGUAUCUACGUGUCUAUCCUAACCCAAUUGCUGUGGUGCUUCGUGUGGGCCAAGACACCAAGGCGGAACGUGAUGGCAAAUUUGAGCCCUGCACGGUUGACCAGUUGGAUGGAAGCCUGAUACAGAUUAGCUUUAAGAGAGACAAACAAAAGGAGUGGAUUUAUAAAGGCUCAGACAAGCUGGAACACAUUGUUACUAUCAAAAAACGUCUGGCUCAACAGAAAACACAACCGUCCAAUAAAACAGCAGGAAACUACACCUCAGUGAACACUGCUUCAUCUCAUGUAACCCGACAAGCCAGCGUGCCCAACAAAACACCAUCUCAGAGUCCUCAAAACGCCACGACGGCUGCGUCUGCCACACAGAAAACACAGAACACCGAUGCCACAGUCACCAAAACACCAUCUCAAAGCUCUCAAAACGACACUCCAGCUGUGUCUCCAACAAGCGUAACACCUCAAACUAAUACCACAGUUACCAAACCACCAUCUGUUAGCCCUAAAGAGGUCACACCAGCUGUGUCUUCCACACUUGUAAAACCACAAACUGUUAACAAAAUCACUGAUGCACCAUCUAUUAGCUUUCAAAAUGCCAGGUCAGCUGCAUUACAACCAAAGGUUGUCCUGCAGAAGUUGGCCAUGCCCUUUUCCAUCCCAUCAGCUGGUAAUGUAUCAAAGGCUGCCAUACAAACAGUCAAAUCUGUUACAGCAGUCGAUGACCCAAAUUUAAGAAGUGCAAAGCGACCUUCGCCUGAUGAGGAGGAAGAUCAUGUAUUUGAGAAAGACCAGCCCAAGUUUACAAACUUGUAUCAUCGCUGUUGUCCGGCGUGCCUGGAUGGGGUGAGACCGAAACAUGUUGACAUGCACCAUGGUCAAAACCCACUUCAAAUUCCACUGCUUUUUAAAUUUCGGCGGAUGACUGCCCGGCGACGCCUGGAUGGAAAGGUGUUUUUUCACAUCUUCUAUCGUUCUCCGUGUGGGAGGAGCCUGUGCGACAUGCAGGAAGUGCAAGUGUACCUGUUUGAAACACAGUGUGAUUUUCUCUUCUUGGACAUGUUCUGCAUGGACCCGUUUGUCCUUGUAAAUCGUGCCCGACCCCCCUCCACGUCAACCAGUCAACCUAACCUAUAUCUGCCGGACAUAUCGGAGGGCAAAGAGGUUCUCCCGGUGCCCUGUGUUAAUGAGGUGGACCAUACACCCGCUCCUAGCAUCAGAUACACCAAAGACAGAAGUCCGGCUCCAGGUGUCUCCAUUAAUACGAGUUUAGAUUUCUUAACCGGCUGUGACUGCACGGAUGGCUGCCGCGACAGGACAAAGUGUUCAUGUCAUCAGAUGACCAUUGAGGCUACAUCCCUAUGCAGUGGAGGUCCUGUAGACGUUACUGCUGGGUAUACGUAUAAGAGACUGCAGACAACUCUGCCAACAGGGGUGUACGAGUGUAACCCUCUCUGCCGCUGCAACCACCGAAUCUGCAGUAACAGACUGGUUCAACACGGCCUGCAGUUGCGGCUGGAGCUCUUCAUGACUCAACACAAAGGCUGGGGCAUCCGCUGCAAAGACGACGUGGCCAAAGGAACCUUCGUAUGCGUUUUCACUGGUAAAGUCAUGACAGAAGAUAAAGUGAAUGAAGAUGACAUGGUGUCUGGUAACGAGUAUUUGGCCAAUCUUGACUUCAUUGAGGGGGUGGAGAAACUGAAGGAGGGUUAUGAAAGCGAGGCGUACUGCUCGGACACAGAGACCGAAAGCAACAAGAAGACUAUAACCAUGAAAACGGGUCCGUUGUGGAAAAAUACCAUCUUUCAUGAGGACUCUAGCAGUGGGGAAGAAAAAGAUGAAGCUAUGCAGCUGGACACUGAUAAAGUGAAGACGGAUGGACAAGAAGCUUCAGGCCCAAAACGUUGCUUCGCCAUAAAGUCGUUUGAGAGAAGAGUCAAACUUCUAGAAACGUCUGAUGCACGGAAAGAGAAAACUUGGAAAGCCCAACUUGCCAACAACACUCGCAGACUGUUCGAUGGAGAGGAAACGUGCUACAUCAUUGACGCGAGGCAGGAGGGCAACCUCGGACGCUUCAUCAAUCAUAGCUGCAGUCCCAAUUUGUUUGUCCAGAAUGUCUUUGUUGACACGCAUGACCUCCGGUUCCCCUGGGUUGCAUUUUUUGCCAGCAAGCGUAUUAAAGCUGGCACAGAGUUGACAUGGGAUUAUAACUACGAGGUGGGCAGCGUUGAAGGGAAGGUCUUGCUUUGCUGUUGUGGUUCAUCACGUUGCACAGGAAGAUUGCUAUGAUUUUCAUGUUCAUCUUAAGAAACAACACUAAAUAUAACUGAACUGGACUGUUUUACAAGCCUAUUAGAAAUGUAUUUGUGGCAUCAUUUAAAACAGAAUUCCAAUAAUAUGACCCCUUCGAUAUAAAUUAGGUUUGUGUUGUUUUUUAUUUGUUUUUAUUAUUCUUAAUGUCUUGUUUGUAUACUAAUUGUAAAUAAAAUGUUCAAAUAUGAAAAUUAAGCUUUCUAAGAAA